UACUUUCAUAAUGUUCAGUCCACUCCUUGUUAGUUUUUUGUUUAUAAUAACAGUAUGUGAAUCGGCAAGAAUAUUAGCAAUUUUUCCGACGCCAUCUGUGAGCCACCAGGUAGUAUUUCGGCCUCUUACUCAGGAGCUAGCCAGGCGGGGCCAUCAGGUUACAGUAUUGACGGCGGACCCAGUUUUUAAAAAUGGAACAACUGAAAAUUUAACGGAAAUAGAUGUUCAUGAUAUUUCCUAUAAAUUAUGGAGAGACAACUUUGUGUAUAAGCUAGAAUUUGGACAAAAAAGUACAAUAUAUCCUCAAAUUGAGGCAGCUGUGAAUAUAAUACGUAAACUAACUGUGGUGCAUCUGAAACAUGAAAAAAUUCAAAAAUUGAUGUCGGAUCCUGCAGAAUUUGAUAUUCUAUUGGUGGAAGCGUGGACGACGCCGUCUUUAGUAUAUUCCUAUAUAUUUAAGGCACCGGUUAUUUUAGUGAGCUCCUAUGGGAUGAUGAUCGAAAUUGAUGAGACUUUUGGAAUUCAAUCGCAUCCGAUUUUAUAUCAUUUAGCACUUCAGCAGAGAUUAUAUAAUCUGACGUUUUGGGAGAAACUAGACGAAUUCUACAAAUAUUGGUGGUUUAAAAGGCUAUGGUAUAAUAAAGAAAAUGAGGAAAUUAAUGCUUUUCGUGAAGUUUUGGGUCCGGAUUUACCUGAAUAUUGUGAAUUGAAAAAUAAUGUUGAUAUGUUAUUUUUGAAUAUACACACAAUGUGGAUUGAUAAUCAACCUUUGCCAGCAAAUGUUAUAUCUAUUUGGGGUAUUCAUAAAAAGCCUGAGAAAUCGUUACCAAAAGAUCUUGAGACAUAUCUGGACUCUUCGAAACAUGGCGUGAUCUACAUUAGCUUCGGAACUAAUGCUCCUUCGACAACUUUACCACAAGAAUUUAUACAAACAUUAAUAAGAGUAUUUUCCACACUUCCCUAUGAUGUUUUGUGGAAGUGGGAAGCAGAUGAAAUGCCAGGAAAAUCGACUAAUAUUAAAAUAUCAAAAUGGCUUCCACAAUCAGACCUACUGAGGCAUAAAAAUGUUAAGCUGUUUGUCACUCAAGGCGGUCUCCAAUCAACGGAUGAAGCCAUAACUGCUGGGGUACCUCUCAUAGGUAUACCUAUGCUUGGAGAUCAAUGGUACAAUGUUGAAAAAUUUGAGAAACACAGAAUUGGUGUUCGACUUGAUAUGGAAACAAUAACUGAAGGUGUUUUUAGUGCAGCGAUUAAAACCGUAAUAAACGAUCCAAGUUUUAAAGAGAACAUUAUAAGACUUCGAAGCAUCAUGGCUGAUCAGCCUGUGAGUGCAUUAGAUCGAGCCGUUUGGUGGACGGAAUAUGUUUUAAGACAUAAGGGGGCGAAACAUCUCCGAGCGGCCGGGGCAAAUAUGUCCAGGAUGCAAUAUUAUGAAAUCGAAUUUAUAUUUAAAUUAUUUAUAAUGAUUGCAAUCGGUUUUAUCAUUAUGAUAGGACUAUUGUAUCUGUGUAUGCAAAAAGUUGUAUUCUCCAAGAAGGUUAAAAUAGCUUAGUAUAAUUAUACGUUAUUACGUAUAAUUGAUAAAAUAUAAAUAAUAACUAUACUAUUUAAUUGCAUUUAAAUACUAUAGUGUCUA